AUGGGUCUCGGCGGUCACCUCUUGGACCCGUCUUCGGUCAUAUCUCCAGAAUGGAGUCGGGCAAUUCGAAUCGUUGCUACCAUCUCAUCUAGCUCUAGUGUGAUUGGUACACUGAUUACUAUAUAUUGGUUCUUCAUGAUGAGAAGAAACUUCAGAAGAAAGUCAGUGGUGGAUUGGAACUUUGGACGACUGAUCGCUAACCAACAUCUCCNNAGCCUAGUCAUGUAUCUUGUUCUCGCCGACUUCUUCAAGUCCCUAUGGUACGUGAGUUUCUCUGGUGUAUCUCUACGCCGCGGCGCCAUCGACACAAAUGGCUCCUUCUGUCAAGGAUUUGGCUUCUUGUUACAAGCAUCGACUAUGGCUUGUGGUCCCUUUUGCACCUUGCCAAUUCGCCCCUACUGGUACCGCCUUGCAUUGCAAUGGAUCCCUAGAUACCUCAUCUGGCUCUACAUCAUGUUUGUAGCCAUUCGGAUCUACCUACAUGUCGGCCAAGGAUUUAAGAUUUUUGCCCGCGAGGACGGCAAAGAAUCGAGUACCGAAACAAAUGGCUACGGCCCGUCUGGAAGCCUCGGCACAAUGCCUGGAGAGGGAAUGCAAGACUUGAGGGUAGCCAAANAGAGAGGUGCCAGCGCAGGCGAACUGCAGGAUCUGUCGGGACUCACGGAGAGCAAUGCUUACAACAGCCAGGCUCCAACAAGCAGCUCCAGCCAAGGCAGCCAAUCCACUUGGCCUACAUCACUCAAUUCUUCCGCCGAAGGCUUCAAACUACACUCUGGAAACCACUCAAGGCGGAGUAGCCAUGUCAUCAUUCUUGCAGACGGAACUGUUCAACAUGACCUUUUGCAAGUGCCCCCGGAAUCAAAACAGCAAAGACACUCCGUCUCUACCAUUGCAUCCUGGAGGACUUCGGCGGACAUGACUGCUGCCGUUACCGCCCCUUCGGUCAACCUCGCGCCAAUCGAAGAAGGACAUCAAGUGACGAGCGGAGACAAAAUGGACAUGGUUUCGGCCGACACGCCUCUCAAGAAGAGACGACGAGCAAUUCAAAGACAACUCCGUCUUCUCUUCAUCUAUCCCAUCACCUAUCUCAUGGUCUGGACCAUUCCCUUUGUUUACCACUCUUUUAACUACAGCGACAAAUACGCCGCACACCCCAUCCCCAUCCUCGGAUUGCUCUCGACCUUUUGCGUAACGAUUGCCGGCACCGUGGACUGCAUCGUGUUUGGAUGGAGAGAAAAGCCAUGGCAACAUGUACCAGGCGCCGACGGCACCUUCCUCGGCAGCUUCAAAUUCUGGACCUUCACAACUGGCAGAAAGAGAAGAUGGGCAACGCCCGCACCAAAGCCAGUGCCAGCACUCAGAGACGAAGAGGCAGCCAUAGAAUCCGAACCAGCACCAACCUCGAAGAAGGCAAACCGCCUCAGUGGAGCACCAAGAAGCGCUUCGUUGAGUGUCAACAAGCCCGUAAUCCACAUGCACAAGAAGACGUUUUCUGGAACUUCGGAUCGUGCGACCAGAGCAGCAGAGCAAGCGGCCGAGAGACUUGCUCUGGAAAGAGCAGACCGCCAGAGUCGCAUGUCCACGCGCAAUUCGUCCGUCAAUCCGGCAAACGAAUGGUUCGAGCGAAGGCUGAGCGAAUGCGUCAGUCCGACUCGUGAAAACUCUGCUUUUGAUCUGACACCGAGUCCUACAAAGGAGUGA